CAGCCACGGCUUCUUCGCUCUCUCCGCUGUGUGUCGGUCUGUAUGCUCGAUGCUCUUCUCUCGGACUCUAGUGCUGUAGUGACAGUAAGCCAAGCUUCUCUCGCUGUUGUGAGCUGGACGGGUUCAUGCACUGCUUCUGGAGGAACGAGCAGAAGUCUCACGUGUAGUUUCUCUCGGCUCGGUUCAUUAAACCCGGCGACUGAGCGCGAAAUGCGUUAUAAACAAGAGACCGGGGCUAGUUGUCACACGGUGUCACUCUAGGGAAUAUAUCAAAACAAGUUUAGCGCUAUCAUGGUGAGGACGUACAAAAGGAAGACGACCCGCGCGAGUACGGCUCCUGACACCAUGCUGAAGGCCGUCCGGCAGGUGCUGGUGUUCAAGAAAACCAUCCGCGGCGCGGCAGAAGAGUUCGGCAUCAACUACCGCACGCUGGCCCGCUACUGCACCAGAAUCCCGCGCGAGGAGGUGGAGGGCAGCGCGGAGCACCCCAGCUGCACCGUGGGCUUCAUCGGCGCGCGGCAGGUCUUCAGCCCCGAGCUGGAGGCCGAACUCCUCGCCUACGUUUUACUGGCGUCGGACGUUUAUUACGCGCUCCCGCCGCGAGCGAUCCGCAAACUGGCCUACCAGCUAGCCCAGAGCCACCAGCUGCACACGCCGCCCUCGUGGAGGGACAACAAACAGGCCAGCGCAGACUGGUUCGCCAGCUUCUUAAAGAGACACCCGCUGCUGUCCAUCAGGAGUCCGGCGAGCGUCUCCAGCAGGAGUCACGUCGAGGUGUUUUACAGUAAGCUGACGGCGCUGACGGAGCGACACGGUUUCAGACCCGAGCACAUGUGGGUCAUGGAGGAGAUGGGGAUCACUACGGCCCAGCGGCCGGAUCGAGUGCUGGCCAGGAGAGGCCUGAGACAGACGUCUGCGGACCGCGGACCCCUGGUGAGCGUCGCCUGCGCCGUCUCCGCCGCCGCUCACGUGAUGCCGCCCUACUUUGUGUUCCCGCGGGUGCAGUUCAGGGAGCAUUUCCUCAGCGGCGCGCCCGCGGGAAGCUCCGGCGGAGCCCAUCUGAGCGGCUGGAUGAGGGAGGAGCAGUUCCUCCACUUCCUACAGCACUUCACGCGACAGACCGACUGCACCGCGGAGAGACCCUGCCUGCUGCUGCUGGACAGCCACGCCGCGCACCUGUCCAUCGAGGGCCUCAACUUCACCAAAGCCAACGGCGUGGUGUCUCUCUGUUUCCCGCCGCACUGCUCCCAGCAGCUGGAGCGCACGCUUUACGGCCCGUUUAAGAAGAGCGUCAACACGGCCGUCGACGGCUGGAUGCUGGGCAGUCCGGGGAGGAGCAUCACCAUUCAUCACGUGCCGGGAAUCAUUGCCUCCGCGCUGCCGCUGGCGGCCACACCGGACAACAUCAGCGCAGCGUUCAGAGCCUGCGGGAUCUUCCCUCUCAACCCAAACCAGCCGGCUCCGGUCGCUCCCAGCGGUCCAGCCUCGAGCGGUGACGCGGCCGAACGCUCGGCGGAUCCGGCGACAGCAGGCCGAGACUCGGAGCAAACGGUUAAUGCGCAAGAGAAGGACUGCCGUCUCGACUGGCUCUCCUGCGAUUACACCGCUGCAGAGACCUGCAAAUAAAACACAGCAGGACUCGUUCUUCAAUAAUAACUCGACACGCGAUUGACCAGAACCUCUGCUUGUCUUUUAUAGUCACACACGUUCUCUUUGCUUAGACAGUUUCUACAGUUCAGAGCCAUCAACAACGUCUCAGUGUUUGUUACCUUCUCCACUGUUGCCGUUUAAUGAAUUGUUUUUGUGUAAAUAGUAAUUAAAUGAGACACAUUUUAAAUGCAUAAAUUGUGGAAGAUGGCUUUUUUUAUACUCUAGAAUCUAGAAAGUAUUUUUCUCUGCUCUGACAACAUGCCCCGCUAUAGGUGUUUCUGUUUCUUGGGCAAUAACUGAAAAUGUUCCAAGAUGCUGAGCAUGAAAGCGCAGGUGGAUGUGCUCUGCUGUAAAUCAGUAGGAACUGAUCUGUCCAUGCUGGAGAUUGAGGAUUUCAUCUCAGAAAUCUGUGGGCUGAAGAAAGAGGUGGCGUCACUGGAGGCAAAGCUGAGAGAAAGAGGAGAGGAUCUGGAGCAGGUUUCGGUGCGCGUGGCUGACGGGACAGAAGCUCAGGAUUCAGUCUGGAGCGUCAGAGAUCAGAGAUCCAGAGACACACAGGACUCGGAGCUCAGCCUCACUCUGCUGUGUUAUACUGACGCUCAGGAUCAUGAAUCCACUGAUCAAACCUCUGACCGUAACGCUGGAGAACAGCAGAUGCUGCAGGCGCCGCUGAAGAUGUGCUCCGUCAAACUGCUGGACUGCAGGAACCUGAUCGAGAGCCGAGGAGAAGAGACCACCGCAGAGGAAGAGGAGGAGGAGGAGGAUGAUGAAGAUUUC